CAAUAACCCCUGAACACGUGAAGACGCAGUAGCUGCUGCUUCUAGACUCCACCGCCGCUCGCCGCCGCCGGUCGAAAUCACAACCAUUUGUUCAUUCCAUUGCCCAGACCUCUAUUUCCAGAAGAAAUUUUGCCCAAUUUCACCCCUAUCAUUAAAUUAACUAGCGUAUGAACGACCGGCUGCUGUCCACUCACCCUAACUCACCAUUUCCGUGAACCACCAUUGUUUCCGGCGCGAUCAUCAUUUCUCCGGUCUCCGCCCUAAUCUUUUUUCCGCUUGAGUUUGUUUAGAUGAACUGGACAAAGGUGUGGGGGUGUGUUAAGGACCAUUCUAGGUGCACCAGACCACUGUGUCGUACAGUGAGGGAUCAGAAUGGAAUUAUGUCUCUUGGAAAGAGGUUCUAUUCUCCACAGGAAGAAGGACGAUACCACGUGCAAAGAAAGACAUCAUGGAUGUUCAAUCUUCCCUGUAUUCAAGUGGACACAGUGUUUGGGAGUAAAAAUACAUCACAUCGAUAUGUGCAUAGCAUGCAAAAUGAUCCAGACUUGAGUAGGGACUUUUUUGUACGACUCUGGCUUGCUGAUAAAAAGAAGACAGGGCCUACUGCGAAACGAAGGCAUAAAGUUCUUAAAUCCUAUAGCAGUGGUGAAACGAUAGCUGAUGGCCGAACUUUUCCCGGACUUAUUGAAAGAAUGCUUUCUGGUGCUUUAGAUAAGAAGUCUUAUGACAAGGUGAAGUCAGGUCUUAAGCAACCACCUACCAGCCAAUCAAUCACUGGUACAUUGGAACCAAUGUCUUUGGAAGAGUCCAAGGUAGCACCUCUUCUUGCAAGAUCCAAUCUACUGAUUACCAGGGAUAUAGAAUGGGCCAACUUGGUUCUUGGUUUUGAGCAGGAAAACCGAUAUGCAAUGGUUGAUGUCUGCUACCCUCAAGCACCUGUAGGUUUCAUACGCGAGCAGAGCAAUGUGAUUGCAAGACAGUUGCUUCGCUUAAGACGCCCUUUCAUUGCAUACAUUACUGAUGGAUCGGGCAACGAGCUCUUUAGGGUUCGAAGGCCCUUUUGGUGGAUCACCAGUUCAAUAUACGCAGAGAUAAAUGGAAAAGAAAUUGGUGUUGUUCACAGAAGAUGGCAUCUGUGGAGGAGAAUUUAUGACUUGUACUUGGGGGAUAAGCAAUUUGCAGUUGUUGAGAACCCUGGGUUGUGGAAUUGGACUUUCACUUUGAAGGACAUUGAUGGAAAUGUGUUGGCAGAGAUAGACCGUGACUGGAGGGGUUUUGGAUUUGAGAUUUUUACAGAUGCGGGUCAGUAUGUGAUCCGGUUUGGGAGCUCCGAUUCAGGUGUUGCGCCUGCAGCAGAGGUGCAAGAGUUGAGCGUUGCUCGUUCCUUGACUCUGUCAGAGAGAGCAGUAGCUGUUGCCCUGGCUGUUUCACUUGAUAAUGACUACUUCUCCAGACACGGAGGCUGGGGAUUUCCCUUUAUGGUGGUCGAUGAUUGAGAAUUGGCUGGCAAGAGGAAUUGAGCACCGAAUUCGGUUAGUUUUGCAACUUGGCCAUUGGUUGAACAUAUUCUUUUGAUGCUUUUCCCUGCCAAUGAAAAAAAAAUGUACUACUGGCUGUUCACAAAAUCUUAAGUUUUCGAGCUUGAACCUUAACUGAAUGCUUUAUUUAUGGCCUUUCCAUUUUCAUCCGAAGCAGCAAAAAGUUAUCAUGGCCGCCAUCAUGUGUCGGUGUCGGUGUCGAAGUCUCUGAUAAUCAAAGCUGUGCACCUCUGUUGUUUGCAUCUUGCUAUUUACUUGUUGUUUAGUCGAUUCUGAGCUACUUGGGAUUUUAUUUAUAUUUUAUACAUGUGUCCAAGACUUGUUACAAGUUUUUCUUCAGAAGGUAGUUGGGCCAACUCCAACGGUCACCUAAAUAUUGAAAUUGACAUACCUAAUAAUAACUCAGUUCAUUCCCUCUUCUUAA